AUGCAGUCCAUGCCAUUGCUGUUCCGACAAUCGCUUCGGUCCAGCAUAAACAUCACACGAACCACCUCCACCCGAGUGCGAGCUCCAUUCCGCCCGACAGCUCCGACAAUCAAUCCCGUUAGACCGGCCUCGCGGACCUUCUCCGUGUGCCUACAAUGCCAAUUCCACCGGCAAUCAUACAUAUACUCACCUCUCGACGAUAAAGAUAAGGCUAGCAAUGAUGCCGACAGGCUAGUUCAGGCAGUGCGGCAGGCGCCUGAGGCGGUUGUCAUACCGGAGGUGGAUGCGGGGGCUGCUCGGCCAAAUUCCUCUGGGGAGAAUGAUGAGGUUAUUCGGGAUUCUCAACCCGUCGCAAAUGAAAAGGCAUCUUUGGAUCAGGAAGAGCAGCCUCGCAAAGAGGAGAGCUUCAGUGCCGACCGUCUAAAGAGCGGAGGUCUCCCUUCAUACUUGGAGAGCCGACGGUCUCAAAUGUCGAAACAAUUCAGUACGAUGAUGGACAAUCUACAGUCCAAUGUCUUUGUGGCUGGUCAACGUCUAAACGACUUUACGGGUUACUCUGAGAUCGAGGCCCUGAAGAAAGAAAUCCAUAUUCAAGAGGACCGACUCCGUGAAGCUCGUGCACAUGUCCGACAAGCAAAGGAAGACUACACAGCCGCGAUUAAUCGCCGCUCGAACUCGCAGCGCGAGGUGAACGAACUCCUGCAGCGCAAGCAUGCCUGGUCUCCAACCGACCUGGAGCGGUUCACACUCCUCUACCGUAAUGAUCACACCAACGAGGUCUCCGAGGCAGAGACUCAAGAAGCAUUGUCUCGGGCUGAACGCAAGGCCGAAGAAGCGGCUGCGUCGCUGAGCAAGUGUAUUCUUUCGCGUUACCACGAAGAGCAGGUGUGGUCGGACAAGAUCCGCCGCAUGUCGACUUGGGGUACCUGGGGUCUUAUGGGCAUGAAUGUUCUCCUGUUCCUGAUCUUCCAGAUUGCGGUUGAGCCCUGGCGCCGGCGCCGGUUGGUCAAGGGAUUCGAAGAUAAGGUUGUCGAGGCCUUGGAGAAGGAGAAGGCUUUGAACCAUUUCGCUGCUCAAGGCAAUAUUCCUGCAUCUGUCCUGGCCCCUGUUCUUCCAGAGGUCAUUGACUCUACCCUCGAAACGUCUUCCACUGAAUCUGCAGGAACAGUUGUUCCUGCUGUAGAGACGAGUAUCCCUUCGCCUGCGGCCACCACUGAUGCUUCGCCCGCACCCGCUACUGAUGCUGCGCCUGCUGCCAAUAGCAUGGCUAGCGAGUCCUCAUCUCUCUACUCCCGCCUCUCCUCCAUCUCUUCUUCACCACUGUCUCUUGGAUACUGGCGGCAGGUUUCCGAUGAGCUUUUCAACAUGCGCAGCAUCACCAUUUCGCAGCAUGACAUGACCAUGGUGGCUGUUCAAAGCGCCGCAGCCGGUGCAGCCAUUAUGGGUCUACUGAUCGCUAUACUGAGGCCUCGGUAA